UUGCUUUGUCUCCGUCACUUAUUCCAUCAUUCCCUCAUUGGCGCUCUCUAAGCAAUGUAUGUCCUUGUUUCCGGGGUAGUUAAGCUGGGUGAUCAUUCCCUUCAUAUGAAGCUCUCUAGGAGAACUGAGUGAAGAAGCAUUGAACUGUAACAGAAGAGAGGAUGUUCAGAUUGCACAGGAACAGACCUGCCAAAUCAGGGGAGAGACUUGACUUCAAGCUCUCUCAGUUCAAAGCUCUCCAGGUACCAAAAGGAUGGGACAAGCUCUUUGUUUCCAUAAUCUCUGUAGAAACGGGGAAAACAAUUGCUAAGUCGAGCAAAGCAUUAGUGCGAAAUGGAACUUGUCAAUGGGCCGAGACUCUGGCGGAAUCUGUGUUGGUUUCACGUGAUGAUUCUUCCAAAGAGUUGGAAGACUGCCUUAUCAAGCUUGUCAUUUCCAUGGGAUCGGCGAGAUCUGGCAUCCUUGGAGAGGCAACAAUCAAUGCGACAAACUACAUCAGUUCCAGCAAUUCAGUCCCCAUUUCAAUCCCUCUGAAAAAGUGCAACCACGGAACAGUGUUACAAGUCAAAAUAAACUGCCUGACUUCAAGAACAAAGCUCAGGGACGAUGGAUCUAAAGAGACAAAUUCUCAAGUCAAUGAACUGAACUCAAACAGCCUUGAUGGGGACUUCAAGUCAGAUAGGUCUGGAAGCACAUUCACAGAGAACGCUGCCCCUUCCUCUAACAAAGAACUCAGGUCAACCUUGUGCUCCGAUCAUCUUGCAAGUAGGGAAACAAGUCUUUCGUCCUUUGCUUCUACUCAGAGCUUCGGCUCUGCGGAAAAUUCCUCGCACAGAGAAGACCUUUCACCUGAAAAUCAAUUGAGAGUUGACAGGCAUGACCAGAGAAUUGGAGAGACUUCAGUCAGGUCCCCCAGAGUAGACGGUGGCAAUCUGAUCAAUAGCUCUUCUCACUUGAAACCUCCGUUCUCUAAUUCACAGAUUAUGGGUUCGGGUGAUCCGUCACAGAGUAAUAAGGAAAUGUUAUCUGUGAAGAUUUCUGACUCCUCUAAAGAUUUCAUUGAAGCUGCAGAAGACACAAUAGAAGAGCUUCAUGCGGAGGCUAAAAUGUGGGAGCGAAAUGCGCAAAAGCUAAUGCUCGAUCUGGAUAUGGUGAGAAAGGAGUUCUUUAAUCUGUCCAAGAAUCACAAGGAUCUGGAUAUGGAGUUCUUGGCGGCUAAGACGGAACGGGAGAGCUUAAGAAAAGAAGUCGAACAACUAAAGCUGCUGCUCAAGAACUCACAAGUGGACCAAAAGACCGUGGAUGAUUCAAAUUCCCAAAAAGAAGCAGUACGCCACAUUCAAAAGGAGUUGGAGGAGGAAAUAAGAUUCCUGAAAGAAACAAAUGCUGAUUUGACUCUGCAGUUGAGCAGAAGUCAGGAAUCGAACAUUGAGCUGGUUUCUGUUCUACACGAGCUCGAAGAGAUGAUCGGCAAGCAGAAACUUGAGUUGGAAAACGUUGCAUUCAUUCAGUCAAAGUUCAGUGAUAUGGAAGAUUCGCUACUAUCAAAUAUAGCAGAAAACAAGAGUCUAAAGACCCAGUUGCAGCAAACCAAGGAAUCAGAGAAGGAUCUGCUAGUUAAGUUGCAACAGAUGGAAAAGGCCUUUGAGGAUGAAAAGCCUAUGAUGGAUGAAAAAGUUGGUUUGGAAAAGAGGCUCUUUGAAUUUGAGAGAGAAUACACAAGUAAAUUAUCAGAAAAGGAGGAAGAAAUUGUCAAUCUAGAGGCCAAGCUAACCAAGACUCUUGAAGAAAAGCAUUCUCAAGAAUCUGCUGACAGAGGUGAUGAGUAUCUAAUUAAAGAAAUUGAGUCCCUAAAAGAAAAGGUUCAGGAGCUGGAGACUGACUGCAAUGAGCUUACAGAAGAAAACUUAGACCUAUUAUUCAAGCUAAAGAAAUUGAACAACUGUCUUCACGUUGCAACCGACUGCAGAGAUGGCCAGAAAGAUAAUGUAGUCAAUGGAAUGCUUGUUGCAAAUGAAAAAGCAAUGAGUGCUUGAAGAUGGAUGCAGAGGACAAAGGUGAAGAAUUUGGUAAGGAGUCGGUUGAGGACGGGAACAAGGAGCGAAAAGUCAAGGAGAUGUUGCUUUUGAAAGAAGAGGAGAUUAAUAACCUGAGAGAAUGCCAUACUAAACUAGAAGCCCUGGUUUCAGAUCUUCAGAAGGAAAAGACUGAGCUAGAGGAGAAGUUGCAAAUUAUGCAAAGAGAGAGUGAGGUAACCACCAAAUGCCUCACUGACGUGCAAAAUGAUUUGGUGGUUCUAAGUGGCAGCGUGGAUUCCCAUGUUUCCGCCAACAAAAUGCUUGAGCGGAAAUCUUCCGAGAUAGGGCCAGAAAACGUAGCCUUGUCUAUGCGCAUAGCAGAACAGGAAGUCCAACUAAGCUAUCUGAUGGACGAGAUGGAAGCAACCCAGUUGGAGCUGGAGAGAUCGAGAGCACUGUGUGAGAGCCUCGAUGAUGAGAUAUCAAGCUGAGCUUUUCAAGCAAGAAGCAGAAGACUCAGCUAGAAAAAGAAAUGAAGGAAAUGCAGAACCGCUGGUCAGAGGCUCAGGAAGAAUGUGAUCAUCUUAAAAAAGAAAGAGCACAGUUACAAGCCGAUGUCGAGAGUCUUGCCGAAGAAUGCAACUCUCUUCAGGAAUUAAAUGGAAAGUUAAAGAUGCAGAACGUGGAGCUGCAUGAGGAAUUAAGGAGCUGUCUAAGUGGUUGCUCCACGAAGGUUGAGACAUUAGAAGAAAAUCUCUCUGCCCUGCUUGAUGAUGUCACAGCAAAAGAAAGAACAUUUAAAUCGGAAAUAGACGCACUUCUUGAUGAAAACCGUGAACAGAAGGAGCGGCUUGCUGUGGAGAGAGCAUUUUAAAUCAGAUAUAUGCAGACAAAACCACUGAAGUCGAGAACCUCCGGAAGGAGAUUGAACAUUUGACUAAUCAGAUAUCGGAUAUUCAUAAUGAAAGAGAGAGAAUAGUGUCUGAUGCUGCUGAAGAGAUAUCCAAAUUAUGUGCAGAUAAAGCUGAACUGGAACUUGCCCUUUGUGAAACUCGAUCUGAACUGCAAAGGAAAGAUUGUGAAUUGAAUCAAGAGAUAGAACAUU